AUGGAUCUCAUUCUUGAGCACUUCCGGACUGAGCUCAAGUUCAUUCAAGCCAAGGUCAAGUCCUUAGAGACACCUCAUCGAGGUGAGACGGUUGAGCAUAACGGUAUCCGGUUCUUGUUCGUUGAGGACUGUGCCCACUUGCUGAAGACCUACAACUUUGAUGUGGGCUUCUUCCUUGAUUUCUGCAGCACUAUGGUAAUUAUGGGAGGCAGAGGCAAAGACUAUGAUGGAAAAGAAAGUUCUGACGUCUGGCAUUCCGCAAGACGAACUGGCUCCACUAUCAAGACUAAUAUGCUUCUUGCUGCUAUGGCUCGUGUCCGUCCGGAAAAAAUAUUUGCCAAAGGAGGCCAAGGGGCGCUUGUGCCUAUCUCAGAGGGUAUUAUCGGAUCGCUGCCUGGGAAUGGACCGGCUGUGGAAAUCGCCCGGCUACUAUGCUACCGAGUCCUUAAUCAGUGGAACAAUUUUGUAAGCGCAAUUGAGCGCACGCAUACCAAACUGGUGGCCGUUACUAGAUUUUCGGAGAAAAUAGCCUGGAAGUUGAUGGGGAGAUACGGCGUGGCUGUAUUUGAGGCCAUGCAACCAUAUCGUGCGGCAGCCGCGCAGUUGGAGAACCCCAAAACAUUGGACGAUCAAGCCGCCCUUCCUUGGGUCGUCUUACAAUGUCAUCGAGUUGUAGACAAAUUCAUGGUGAACUUUGAAGGUCAUCCAGCGAUUGUACGCGAGAUGAGCCUUUUCAUUCUCACAGAACGGGUUGAUCCAAUUCAGUUUGCGGCUGUAGCUGAGCAAAACAAGGAGGUUAGUCAAGAAAACGCAGCCUUGGCAAAGAGGGUUAAGGCCCUUGAGGAGUCACAAAAUGCUAUGAAGAGGCAGAUUGACAGCUUGUCAAAUGAACUGAAGCAAAUAAAGAAGAAGAGCUGA